AUGGCUCGGGCAACGUCAACGUCGGCUCCCGAACUGAGUCCCCAAUUUUGCUUCAAUGAGAGAUUGCUCCGAGAUUUCCUACGUCUAUCCAGGUCGACAAUAGACGAUUCCAUUACUCAGAACCUCAAUGCUUUGUUCACCCCAUCGCGGGAGGGCUUCGAUCCUUCUUCGACUGCUGUACGUCAAACAGAUUCAGAAGCGGGGCGUACAAUAGACCCUGCUGCUUGUCAGAACUUCAAGGACAACGUUUUAUUCCCCUCAUGGCAGACACGGUCGGACGUGCUCAACUACUGUGCCGGCGUCGCGACAAGUCCCGACCCGGACGACCCGGAUCUUGUUCUUCGACAGACCGAAUCUGCCAGGGAUCGAGAGCGAGUCGUCAACGAACGUCUGGAUCCGUACUCCGCGCGGUUUUUCCCUCGCGAGGCACGAACCGAGUCAUUAGCGAAUCUUGUCCGGAAUCAGCGCAACGUUGAGGAGAUCAUCCGUGCACGAACAUGGGGUCUCGUGACUGAAAGAUGCAAUGGCUCAUCAAUAGGCUGGGAAGAAGCACUCAAUAGCUGGCGGGAAAGAAAGCAGCGAUGA